AUGUCUUUUUUGAGCGGGGAUAAUAAGGAUAUUGGACAACCUCAGGAAUUAUCUAUUUUUGCAUCUCCUCCUAAUCAAGUAGCUGUUGAAAAAGUAACAUACACGGAAGAACGACCUAUUUCGAAUUUAAUCAAUGAUUCUACCCCCAUAGAAAUAGUUGUUUCUGGAGCUGGAAAUGAUUAUAUAGAUUUAAGAAAAAGUCGUCUAUAUGUCAAAAUGCAAAUUUUAAAAUCAGAUGGAACUAAGCUAGUAGAUGAUGAAAAAACAGGUAUCAUUAAUUUACCGUUGCAGAGUAUGUUUUCACACAUUGAUAUUUACAUGAACAAUAAGCUUAUAUCAAUAAAUUCCAACAAUUAUCCUUGGAAAGCCUAUUUCAAGACGAUACUUUCUUCUGGAAACGAUGAACAGAAUUCACAACUUCAAAGCCAACUCUUCAUGAAAGACGAUGACCCUAUGGACUCUGUGAGUCUCAAUUCAGGUAUAGUUAACAGAAUGCAAUUUACACAAGAUUCAAGAGUAUUCGAGUUAGAAGGAAAUUUAUUGGAAGAUGCACUUCAACUGGAUAAAUAUCUUAUAAGUGGUGUCGAUAUCUACAUGAAACUUUUCAGAUCAAAUGUUCCCUUUCUACUCAUGUCUGAAGAAAUUUCGCCAAGUUACAAAGUCAAAAUUUUGGAUGUGUUUUAUAGAACCGCGAGAGUCAAAUUGGACACGGGAGUUAUAAUGAACCAUCGAAACGAAAUACAAAAAUCACCAGCCCAAUACAUGAUCACUAGAAGUCACGUUAUACAAAAUGUAAUUCCUAAGGGGUCAACUGAUUUUUUUUGGGAUGCAAUGUUUCCGAAAGCUCUUCCAUCAAAAGUAGUAAUUGGGCUAGUUUCCCAAAAAGCUGCAGAUGGAGAUUAUACUGCUAAUCCGUUUAAUUUUCAACAUUUCAACAUGACAAACGUUACUAUGAAAGUGAAUGGCGUGGAGGUUUAUGGGUCUCCAUUGAGUUUGGAUUUUGGAGUAAACAGAAAUUACGCAGCAGCAUACGUUAGACUUUUCGAAAUCAGUGAUAAAUGGCUUAAAGACAUGGGAUUGAACAUAUCAUUAGCAGACUUUGGUAAAGGAUACACAUUCAUUGUGUUCUCUUUAGAUCCAUGUGAUUUUCAGGAAGAUUAUCUGAAUUUAGUGAAACACGGUAAUGCACGCUUAGAAAUCAGAUUCGGAUCGGCUACAUCAGAGAUUAUAAAUUGUCUGUGCUAUUAUCAAUCCCAAGCCAUUUUAACUUGUGACGAGACAAGAGACAUCAAGAUAGUGGAACCAUGA